CAACCACUACUCACCACUCUACCUUCUUCUCCCUGGUCACUCGCCUACAACGACGACCUACAAGAUGAUGCGCUCCACCUCUGCCCUCCGCCGCGGCGUCCAGCUCGCCCAGCUCGCCCGCCCCAUCUCCACCACGGCCUCGGCUGCCUUUGCCCAGCCCGCAGAGACGUCGACCCCCGCGGCCGGCAAGGCCCCCGCCAUCAAGGAGUUCAAGAUCUACCGCUGGAACCCCGACACCCCCUCGGAGAAGCCCAAGCUCGAGUCGUUCAAGAUCGACCUCAACCAGACUGGCCCCAUGAUGCUCGACGCCUUGAUCAAGAUCAAGAACGAGGUCGACCCCACCCUUACUUUCCGUCGCUCGUGCCGUGAGGGCAUUUGCGGUUCGUGCGCCAUGAACAUUGACGGUGUCAACACCCUUGCCUGCCUGUGCCGCAUCGACAAGGACACGAGCAAGACCACCAAGGUCUACCCCCUUCCUCACAUGUUCGUCGUCAAGGACCUCGUCCCCGACCUCACCCUCUUCUACAAGCAGUACAAGUCGAUCCAGCCCUACCUCCAGAACGACAACGUUCCCGAGAAGGAGUACUACCAGUCGCAGGAGGACCGCAAGAAGCUCGACGGCAUGUACGAGUGCAUUCUCUGCGCCUGCUGCUCCACCUCGUGCCCCUCGUACUGGUGGAACCAGGACCAGUACCUCGGCCCCGCCGUCCUCAUGCAGGCCUACCGCUGGAUCGCCGACUCGCGUGACGCCUACGGUGCCGAGCGCAAGGAGCAGCUCGAGAACUCGAUGUCCGUCUUCCGUUGCCACACCAUCAUGAACUGCUCGAGGACGUGUCCUAAGGGCUUGUCGCCAGGCGCUGCCAUUGCGGCCCUCAAGCUCGAGAUGGCGACCGGAAGGAAGGCAUGAACGACCAAAAAACGAUUGUAAGCGUGUCAGACGCGGUAGUUGGUGGCACUGCAUGUAUUAUUUGCCUCAA